AUGCCCAUUUUCUUUGAUUCUCUUGGCAGGGAAAUGGAGGAAGAAGAAAUCGAGAAAGCUGUGAUUGCGUAUCUUAAGAAGAGGGGCUUUAAGCAAACAGAGCUUGCCCUCCAGGAAGAGCAAAGUAAGAGGUCCUCUGCUGCUGCUUCACAGACUGAUCCUGAAGUUGCCAAGAAGAUCCUUACUUUUUCUGAACCAGAGAAUGGUCCAAUGCAGUACCACGAGGGAUAUAAUAAAUUACGGUCAUGGACAUAUAGUUCUUUGGAUUUGUACAAGCAUGAGUUACUUCGUGUGCUCUAUCCAGUAUUUAUCCAUUGUUUCAUGGAUCUUGUGGCAAAAGGGCACACCCAGGAAGCUAGAACGUUCUUCAAUAGCUUCCGCGAAGACCAUGAACUGAUGCAUUUACGAGACCUUCAAAAGCUGGAAGGCGUUCUUUCGCCCUUGCAUCUGGAGGAGAUGGAAUUUGCACAUUCUCUGAGGCAGAGCAAAAUCAACAUAAAGAUGUGUCAGUACUCGUACGAACUUCUGCUGCAAUAUCUACAGAAAACACAAUCGAUUACAAUACUCGGAAUUAUCAAUGAACACAUCAAUUUUCAGGUUUCUCCUGGCCAGCCCAGUUCAAUUUCCGAUGAUGCUGAUGUGGUAACUCUGGUUGGGAGCAGCCAUGAUACUGCUAAGCAGAUUAAUCAGCAAGAAAUUCGUUGGGGGUUGCUAGAAGAUUCUUUGGAAGAUCGUUUGGAGAAGGCUGGGGGUUUAAUGUCAGACUCUGAAAAGGGUGAAGGAGAAAGCAAAGAGGGGGACUUAGAAGAGAAUAAGAAGAGAUCAGUGGAUGGAGGAAAACAAGGUGCUUUAGUCAAGAAGUUGAAAAAAGACAAGGUGGUUGGUGCCACAGGGAAAACCAUUCGUUCUGAGACAAACACAGUGUCCAUAGCUCCCCGCGUAAAGCCAGAGCUUACUUUACCCGUAAUGCCAACAGAAGUAGAACAUUCUAUUCUUGAAGACCUCAGAAACCGUGUACUGUUGGGAAGUUUGGCCCUUCCAUCUGUUAGCUUUUAUACAUUCAUUAACACACAUAAUGGUUUGAACUGUUCUUCAAUAUCACAUGAUGGAUCCUUAGUUGCUGGUGGAUUCUCAGACUCGUCGCUCAAGGUUUGGGACAUGUCGAAGAUUGGAAAACAAACAGACACUUCUACUGUGCAGGGAGAAAAUGAAUCAACUCCUAGUGAGAAUUUGCUGGGAACAGAAGAUGGGAAAAGAUCCUAUGCAUUGUUUCAGGGUCAUGCUGGACCUGUUUAUUCAGCUGCAUUUAGUCCUCUUGGGGAUUUUCUUCUAUCCUCUUCAGCUGACUCAACCAUUCGGUUGUGGAGUACGCAGUUGAAUGCAAAUCUUGUUUGCUAUAAAGGUCAUAAUUACCCUGUGUGGGAUGUUCAGUUUAGUCCUGUUGGGCAUUAUUUUGCGAGCUCUUCACAUGAUCGGACUGCUAGGAUUUGGUCCAUGGACAGAAUACAGCCUCUAAGAAUCAUGGCAGGACAUUUAUCUGAUGUCGAUUGUGUGCAAUGGCAUGUGAACUGUAACUAUGUCGCAACUGGAUCAAGUGACAAGACUGUAAGAUUGUGGGAUGUGCAGAGUGGAGAGUGUGUUCGCAUUUUCAUUGGUCACCGGAGUAUGGUCCUAUCUUUGGCAAUGUCACCUGAUGGGCGGUACAUGGCAUCAGGUGAUGAAGAUGGGAUGAUCAUGAUGUGGGAUCUUUCAAGUGGUCGUUGUGUCACACCUUUGAUAGGGCACACAUCAUGUGUAUGGACGCUUGCUUUUAGUUGUGAAGGUUCGCUUUUGGCUUCUGGGUCUGCUGAUUGUACUGUGAAAUUAUGGGAUGUGACAGCAAGCACCAAGACACCGAGAACAGAAGAGAACAAAGCAGGAAGCACGAAUAGACUAAGAUCAUUGAAGACUCUCCCAACCAAGUCGACUCCAGUUUACUCUUUGCGGUUUUCUCGAAGAAAUCUUCUGUUUGCUGCUGGAGUGCUGUCAAAAGCGUAUAAUUGAAGCUGUGUCGAUGCCUGUUGAAUUCAGGAAGUCCUCUAUUUGAGCCUCAGUCCAGCACAAAAGAUUUCAGUUGAUGGUAAGCUUGUGUGCAACAAAGAAAGAUAUGGCAGAUAGGAAUCAUCUAACCAUUUGAUUUUCACCAUGCUGGUUCAGGAUGGAGCUUUCGUAACUUGGAUACAUAUAAAAAUUGCUACGCGACCGUGAAACUUUUGAGUAUGGUUGGCAACUUGGGUCGCUAUUUGUGUAUCUUGUGGAUUCAUUGAGCAACAGAUGAAAUGGGAGUUCGCCUG